UUCACAUUCUAUGAAUCUACACAAUAUCUUCAAACCCUUGCUCCAGAGUUGAACCUGGUCUCAGCAGGGGAGCGGGGAAUAUCUCAAGCCAGCCACAAAAAGGGAAACAGGGUGUCCCAUUACUCACCAGGACAGGGUGAAGUCUUAAUAUGAGUCCGUCAUUGUUGCUGUGCUGUUUGCUGCUCUGUUUAGCCUGCUGUGUCACGGUACACACACACAUGCUUAUGGAGGAACAAUACAGCUCCAACCAAACAACCAUCAGCUUACAAGUCAAUAACCAAACAGAUGCACCUCCUGUGCUCAUAGUUGGGCUUUCAAAAACACCCAAGAAGAACAAGAAACUGGAAAAGAAACCAAAAAAGAAAUUAAGCAACCGAAUAAAGAGACCUCCUCCGCCGCCGAACUGUGUGCCGCUGUGGAGCAGCUGUAAGACGCCGAGCGCGGUGUGUUGUGAUCAGUGCGCCUUCUGCCACUGCCGCCUCUUCAAGACCGUCUGCUACUGCCGCAUGGGAUACCCGAAAUGCUGAACACUCUCUGACAGGAGCCAUCAUGAUCCGGAUGAUCAUGUGACUGUCCCUAUCUUAAAGGCUUGUUUAUAAAACCCUGUGGGAUUAUGACAACCGAUUAUCUAUGCACUCCAUAAUAUAGCCUAAUCACGAACGCGAUCCAAGAUUUUAAGGCCUGAUUAACCGACAGCUCGUCAAAAGCGCCUGGGAAUAAAGCAGAGCCACCUGGGUGACAACCAAAGUCAACUUUUAAUUACUUAUAAACGUAUUUUAAAAGGUUCACGUUAAUUAAAUUAAUUAUCAAUGUUUGUAUGAACACUUUGUGUUGUAAGCACUUUAUAAAAAAAAAGACGUUAAAACGCCCGUAACCUGUUUGAGCUGCUAUAGCCUACGUGCACUAAAAUAACAACAAAAAUCACCACAAUUGCCGCCAAAAUAGUUUUGUCGCGUUUACUUUAACCGAAACCACUCUCGUUAAUAAAUAAAAGACAAUUAAACGAAGGAUUCAAAGAGCUUAAAAUAAGAUCCCAUUUUUAUUUUAUUGUUUUACAGAAAGCUCUUAACUGGCUGUGUAUAAUGUUGUAUGCUAACGAUAUUUUUAUUUUCAGGCUAAUGUGGAAUAUUUUUGUUGAAAGACGAACUAGAUUAGUAGUUAUUGGGUCGAUGUUUAGACAUGGCACAUAUCUGUAUGUAUAUUUAAAUUGUGGAUGCAAUGUCUAGGCCUAUUAUCUUGAUUCAAAAUGAAAUAUUCAGGGUCAAUAUCCAAUUUACCCAGUUAUAUACUGAGGAACGUAGCAGAAUUACGUUUUUUAAUUGUACAAAUUUAUAAAUAACAUUUAUAGAUUAAAAUAAUAAAAUAAAAAUUACAUUUUUAA